AUGCAAUUACCAAUUGUGCUAGCAACUGAUGCUUCACCAUACGGAGUGGGCGCUGUUCUUUCACAUGUAUAUCCGGAUGGUUCAGAAAGACCAAUCCAGUUUGCAUCACAAACUUUAACAUUAACACAACGAAAGUAUUCACAAAUAGAUCGUGAGGCGUAUAGUAUAAUUUUUGGUAUUAAAAAGUUCUACCAAUACUUGUACGGUAACAAAUUUAUACUGUAUACUGAUCAUCGACCUUUGUUACAAAUUUUUAAUCCAAAGAAAUCAUUGCCUGUGUUAAGUGCGUCUAGAAUGCAACAUUACGCAAUAUUUCUUUCGGCUUUUAGAUACGAUAUUCGAUACAAGAAUACAAAGUUACAUGGUAAUGCAGAUUGCAUGUCUCGAUUACCAAUUAAUUCUGAACAAUUAUACGAUUUUGAAGAAUCAGACAUAUUUGAAAUAAGUCAAAUAGAGACACUACCUGUUACAAUUAGUAAACUAGCGCAAGCAACUAAAAUGGAUAAGAAUUUACAACCAUUAUUUAUGGGAUUAAAAAUUGGUAAAGUGAUUGAUAGUAAACUACGUUUCAAUAUUGAUCAAAAAGAAUUCACCGUACAACAAGAAUGUAUUUUGCGAGGUCAAAGAGUAAUAAUACCUAAAAUUUUACAAAAACAAAUUUUAGAUGAGUUACACUCUGCACAUUUUGGUAUUUACAAAAUGAAAGGUUUAGCUCGUAGUUAUUGCUGGUGGCCUGAUAUAGACAACGAUAUUGAAACGUUAGUAAAGAAUUGUGCUAACUGCAAUAAAAUUAAGCAUACAUCUACAGUAGUACCAGUACAUUCAUGGGAAAGUGUAAAUAAACCAUUUCAUCGUGUACAUGUCGACUAUGCAGGUCCAUUUUAUGGUCAUUAUUAUUUUAUUUUAGUUGAUGCAUAUUCACGAUGGCCCGAAGUUUAUGUUACAAAAGAUAUGACUGCCAAUACAACCAUAAAAAUAUGCCGUGAAAUAUUUAGUCGUUUUGGCAUACCACGUGUACUGGUGAGUGAUAAUGGCAGGAAUUUUGUAUCUUACGCUUUUGAAAGUUUUCUUAAACAAAACGGAAUUAAACAUAGUUUAAGUGCGCCAUACCAUCCUGCGACAAAUGGGUUGGCAGAACGAUAUGUUCAAACAUUAAAGCAAUCAUUACGCGCAAUUAACGGUAAUAGUUCUGAUGUUGAAAAAGAAUUAUGUAGAUUACUUUUACAAUAUCGCAAAAUGUCUCAUAGUAUUACCAAACAAUCACCUUCAAUGUUAAUGUUCGGACGUGAAAUUACAUCCCGAUUGGAUUUAAUUAAACCCGAUUUAAAUAAAAAUGCUACUGCAAUUCGUAAUAAUAUACCAGUUCGAGAUUUCCAAAUUAAUGACAGAGUUGCUGUAAGAAACUAUGCAAACGAUAUCAAAUGGAAAUUUGGAAAUGUUGAUAAAAAGUUAGGGAAAUUACACUAUCAUGUUAAGCUUGAUAAUGGUAAUGUUUGGAAGAGACACGUUGAUCAGUUACGCAGAGUUGGGGUCCUUGGGGAUGCUACUCCGCGAGACUCUCCUCAAAAUGAUGAUAUUCCUUAUGACCCCUCUAACAAUCAUUCUGAUGUUACAACUUUACCCGAAACUUUACCUGAUCCAGAAAUAAAUACACCUACGUUGGACAUAACGGCCAGUGUACCUACAAAUGAAGAGAAUACUUUACCGCAGCUACGCCGUUCUAACCGUGUACGUCGUCCUCCGGAUCGUUUAAAUUUAUAA